AUGGCGAGCAAGCAACUGCCCGCGCUCCCGACGCAGCCCUCGGCGAACCACCCGUACCGUGCGUCGAUGGCUCCGUCGUUGCCUCCGGUAGAGCUUUCGCCGCCGUUUCCACAGACGGCGCCGCACGGCUUUAGCGCGUCGGAGAACGACGUAUCCCUGGUCCGUCCUCCUGGCGCGCCGGCCGGCCAGCACGCACCGACGUCACGGGCGGUUCCCUACCUCGGCAAGAGCUUCUAUCUUGCACCGCGUGCGCAUUUUGGCAGUGAGCGUGCGGACGAAGUGAUUCGGCCCGAGCCCGCUCGACCGAAUGUGCGCUCGACGUGGGCGGGCGGCCGCCCAGCGCACGGCGCUCCGGCGCCGUUCCUGGUGGGCCAAGGCGCGCCGGUGCGCGCGCAGGUCGCGCCGCCAACCACGCAGCCGCUCACGACCGGAGGCGUGCCGACUUCGCCCAAGAUGCGCGUUCCUGUGCCGCCAGUGCCCGCGGCGCCUGUGGCUCCUGCCGCGGCGCCUGCCUCGUCUCCUGCGCCGCCCGCCACUGCGCGUGCACCGGUCGCCGUCCGGGCGGCCGCCCCGGUCGCGGCUGCAACCGCCGAUCCCUGCGAUGUGGACCAUGCGGCAGUGGAACCGCCUAUCUCCGCCGUGGCUGCUACGGGCCUCGUGCAGCCGUGCGUAAUGAUCGAGCAUCGCGCCACUUGGCUGCAAACCGAGCUGUUCCUUACCUUUUCGCAGAAGGAUGCGAUGGAUGGAUCGAGCUCGCGUGCGUCAGGCGGCGGGUACCUGGCCAGCACCAUGCUAAUUCCACGUGCUGCGCCCGAGACCGCAGGCCGCUUUCGUGUGUGGCUGGCGAUGCACCCCCAUGGUGCAGCGAAGGGCGAGGUAUCGGCGCUGCACCUCUUGUGGGACCGCAAAGAACGUGGCGGAUUUCCCGAGCUUCCCGAGCUCAAGCGACUGGUUCGCGACAAGAUUGCGCCGGAGCAGUCGCUGGGCCAUUCGGAGAAGUAG